AUGGAAGCUCUUGCUCCAAACCUACCACAAAUCGAGAAUGACGGCACUCUCUUCAAAAAACCUCUGCCACCAGCUCACUUCAAAAGAUACAAGGCGAGUAGACAACUAAGGAAGAAAAUACGGAAACGGGAGCCAAAAACUAUUCAUCUGCCGCUCAAUAUUAACGCGCUUCUGUUUUUUGCCAAGCGUGCAAAAACCGAACAGCUGAAGCUAUUCCCUAUGAAACUAGGAAUGAUCUGUGUGAUCGGAAACCACAGCGUCAGUAUUCCCAAAGUGAUCAUCGACGAGUAUAAAUCGUACCUAGAUAAAGUGAAACUAGUUAAAAUUCAGAAUGCGAUAAACAACUUGAUUGCUCGAUCCAGUGGAAGAGUUACCGUGGAACAUGAGGAAAAAGAAAAUGAGGAUGAUAAUAUGGAAGAGGGAGAAAUUUUCCAAAAUGAAGAAGGUGAAGAGGAGUUUGAGGAGGGCGAAGAUGAAAUCCAAGAGGAGGAAGAUGUGGAUAGUGAUGGCGAGAUCGACGAGGAGUUGGAAGCUGUGGUUCGGGAAUUGGAAAGGAAACGUAUAGAGAAAUUGAAAAUUGAAUGUGCAGCUCCAGCGGCCAAGGAAGAACAAUUUUCGGAAGCUGCAAAUAACCCAACAGAAGCUCCGACAACUCAAGGAUACUGGACUCCACAGCUAGUGUCCGCAAAUGCAGCUACUACCCCAUUGAUUAACGUACCCAAUGAUGGUUGGGAUAUGAGCAGCGCUAGCGUGUUUCGAUCGAUUACAAUCAAUGAAAAAAAGUUCUUUUCAUUUGUGAACUUGAGAGUAAAACUCCAACUGUUUUACAAAAACAGCAAAAGAAGGGAGAAUCCAGCACCACUUCAAAGAAUUCUCGAUGUUAAAGAUUAUAUGACGGAAGAAAUGAAGAAAUCUGAUGGAAGAAGUUUGAUUGAUUUAGCCGAGUCCAUACUUAAGGAGAUGGGUCAAAUGAAAGUAGGGGAAACGAUUGAUGCUAAUAUUUUCAACACGCAUUUCUUCUUGGUGCAAAUCAAAGUUCCUAACGGAGCAACCUAUGUGAGAGAUCUGAAUCGAUGCCACGAUCGGAUACCCGUCCUGGAUCCACCUAUUAUGUACGAAAUGGUUGAAAAUGAGAAAGUAUCUCCCCACACAGGACCACACCCUCGAGCUGACAAAUACCCUCCUGGCUUCUCAUAUGCAAUGAUUGAGUACUGUGAAGACCCUUAUUGGAUGCAUCCAUUGAUAGUCCAGUCAUCUGGAAUAAAAGCGCCCACACGUCCGUCCGAUCACGAAGAACAAAUGCGAGAACUCUUCACAGUCCCUCCAUUCGAUUCAGACCCUGAGCAAGUUCCUGGAGUUAGUGUCAUCCCCAUCCCUCAAGAGGCUUUGGAUCUGCAGUAUGCUCGAAGAGAUGCAUUUCGUCGAGAACAAGCAGCAGCAGCAGCCGAAAACGACAAUGCAGGUUUAGAUGGAGAAGAACAUGAUGAUUAG